ACAGACAAGGAGACAUCAAGCCCGUUCAAUUUUGGUUUAGCUUUUGGAUUAUCUGUUGGUAUCCUCUCACUGGUUACUUGCGCGGUCAUAGGAACGCUGUGGUAUAAAAAGUCAAGACGUUCUAAAAAGGUAAACGUUUACGCCUUUCACACGUGCCUGUGUAACAAAAACAACAGAAAGCAUGAAAUACUACCAUAUUUUAAACUUAUUUUUACGUGGAUGACCAAGAAUAGUAUUAUAACAGAAAACCCAGUCGAAAUAACUUAAGGAGACAGACGGCCUGUGUGGUUUCAUUCAUGGCGGCCGAAGAAAAAGAAGAAAAGAAAUUAAUCAAAGCGUAUAUUAGGUACUGAACACGGAAAUUAAAGUUUUGGAUGACAGAGUGGCAGCGUAUACCGCUGGGAAUAAUUCAUCGAGAAGCGAGCGGAAGUGAGGUUAAUAAAUCUGUCGGAAUUUGCUUCGCCCGUGGCUCUCACGAAGUAGCCAAGCGAAGUGUCAUCUUGCUUUAGUCAUAAAUCUUUCUAUCGGUUUGGUAUCUAGAGUUGCCUAGCAAUGAUGUCGUGACUAAGCUCCAAUGAACGUCAUUCAGUCUGACGUCUCGUCUCAGUAGGUGCAUUUUUCGGUUUCCGGGCAACACUUCCAUGGAGCCGGUUGACGUCAAGGAGCAUAGACCAAUUCGGCUAACUCAAUGUUGUACCCAAUUCAAACCUUUUGGGAAUAAAACUUUUUGUUUCAGGAAUUUCCAUAUCAUUUAAAUGUGAAUGCCACCUUAUAGUACAAAUACAGUGCACAAAGAAUCUUAACCCCGCGAGUUCUGAAUUGGGUACAACAUUGCGUUAGCCGAAUUGGUCUCUUGGCAGGGGCACCCAACGACGGUUUCCUCCAUGCAUUGAAAACCCUUUUUAGGCUAUCCAGAGUACUUUUAGCUCCCUAGAAAUACAUUCUAAGCGGCGCUAUAACAUUUGUAUCUGUUCGGUCGUCCUAGGGCAACUUGAGUCUUUUCGAAAUUACAAGUGCCACCGUAUUAUUUUCCUGAAAAUUUCAGAUGCAAUUUGAAAUUUUAAGAAAGUGACAAUUUUUCUGAUUCCUCCCUCCAUCGCCUGUUUGAAUCCGAAAAUUUUAGGUUUCCUUUUUCUACGAAAAAAGGUUAACUUGGGUACUGAAAUGCGAAAAAUUAUAAUUUAGAAAAUUCGAGGGAAUUUAUUAGACAUGUUACGAAAAUUGUACAUGAAUGGAACUGUCAUCUAGAAAUUUUUAGCCUUCCCCACGCUAUAGAAAAUUCUAAGCAGUUUUUGCUUCUCCGAACAGAUAUUUUACAGGAAACAGUCAUUGGGUGCCCCUGUAUUGGUCGGCGUUGUUGUUUUCCUGAUUGUUUUACGGCCGUUUUGGCGAUCAAGAAAUGCUUUUGUCGAUUAAUCGCUGGUUAAUUUCGACCGCAAAAGCAUUUUACAGAUAACAUUGGAACAAUUUGUACCAUUACGGCUUGAUAGGUCGAGCGGGAUAUGUUUGUUUUUCGGAAGUGUGUUUACGUUUGGCUUUUUACCGUCAAAACCUUGCCUUUCCCUGACAUCAUGAUCUGUACCUUUGUAAUUCAUGUUACACCGAGGGAAACCCACAAUGAAUUCGUUCUUUCCACGCCGAUUGAUGUGACCGAUGGAUCAAAUGAACGACGCUGAAUCAAAAACUGGCCGGUUUCACCUCUGCUCCGUAGCGCAUUGAUCGGCCGUUAAGCCCGAGAUUGAAUUAACACCGAAAUAAUGAAAAAUGGGCUUUGAAAUACAGCUAAUUUUCCUCAAAUGUAUCUUUAAAUUCACGAUAAAUACAGCUCCACAAGCUUCAAACAGUGUGUAUGGCAGAGAAAACUGCUUGAAGUGUAAUAAUUUUACUACGUUAUUUAUUCAGUGCCAGCGUGGCCCAGUGGUCUGGGAGCUGCACUCUCGCGCAGGAGGCCGGUUAUUGUGUAGCUUCAAAUCUCCGCAUGGAUAUUUUCGGGGUUUUUUUGUACAUUUUUAAAAUCACACUUUUAACUGGGCGGCCUGAGGCGAGCCCAGUUUAAGAAAUGGGUUUCAUUUUUUUCUCGGCGGGUGGGGUGGGGUAUUUCUGGGACGUCAUAGUGGGGGUGGACCGUCCGCCUCAUCUAAUCUUUACACUAUUUCAGAGCAAUAUCUAUAAGGUUAAUGUAAGAGAGUUCCUCCCCCGGGAUAAAACGGACUGCCAGCUGAAGGUAUCCUGUUCCCCUCAACGGACCUUUGGAUCCCCAAUUUAGAGCGGCAUCACUCCAUACCAUACCAAUGCUAACCUUUAUCUGAACAAAUAAUGAGGCAUCAAGUUUACAAAAAUAUAGCUGACUUGUAGGUAUACUACUUACUUUAUUUUUUCUAAGGUGUAACGUAAAUGGUUGAGAGAGGGUCUAAUUUUGUUUAAUUUUUGCCAUAUGUUUGAACUUAAAAUCAGAUUGUUAUGUUUGUUAUGAAUAGCAGCACGUCAUUGACCCUCCAAGUGGUAUGACUGCAACAAGUUCUAUGGGAGAAGAGACUGAUGCUAUGUUUACAUCUGAUCACAAAGACAACAGUAACGGUAUUACAGAUUCUGUUCAAGAGGAAGGAAGAGUACAGCUCCUUGGCGACACAACCGAAAUAUCCUCUGUAUCAAGGCCGUCUGCCGGUACUUAA